UUUCUCGGUUUGUUUAGCUGGCUGACUGUAGGUAGUUGUUUUGUCGCUUUUUGAGGUUUAAAAUAAAAUUUUACCUCAGCUUGUUAGGUAAAAGAAUAUAACUUUGUAAUUUUGUAGUCCAUCAAAUCAAAUAAUAGUAACAAAAUAGACGCAGCUCAAAUUAAAGGUUUACCACUAAAGCAUCAUGAAUUUAGAGUUACUUGAAUCUUUUGGACAAAAUUACCCAGAGGAAUUCGAUGGAACGUUGGACUCAAUAUCUUUGGCAUCAACAUGUGCUUUCAACCGGCGUGGCACACUUCUAGCAGUGGGCUGCAAUGAUGGCAGAGUAUUUAUAUGGGACUUCUUGACUCGAGGCAUUGCUAAAUCGAUAUCAGCUCAUGUGUAUCCUGUCUGCAGUCUAAGUUGGUCCAGGAACUGUAAAAAACUUCUAUCGGCAUCAACUGACCACAAUGUUUGCAUUUGGGAUGUCUUAUCUGGAGAGUGUGAACAGCGGUACAGAUUCCCCACUCCCAUACUGCGUGUCCAGUUUGAUCCCAGACGAGAUAAAAGAUUUUUGGUGUGUCCGACAAGACAUGCUGCUUUGCUAGUUGAUUAUGAGGGCGAACAUAAGAUAUUACCUAUCGAUGAAGAUGGCGAUGUAAAUGUGAUAGCUUCAUUUGACCGCAGAGGAGACCAUGUUUAUACAGGAAAUGCUAAAGGGAAAAUAUUAAUUUUAGACUCCCAGUCAUUAACAAUAAAAGCUAGUUUUAAGAUUACUGUUGGUACCUCCAGCACUACUAGUAUUAAAAGUAUAGAAUUUGCUAGAAGAGGAGAUUGUUUUUUAGUAAACACAUCAGACAGAGUAAUAAGAGUGUAUGACACAAAGACAGUGCUCAAAUGCGGCGUCAACGGGGAACCUGAGCCUAUACAAAAAUUACAGGAUCUUGUGAAUAAAACGACAUGGAAAAAGUGCUGUUUCUCCGGCGACGGCGAAUACAUCUGCGCGGGCUCCGCGCGGCAGCACGCGCUGUACAUCUGGGAGAAGUCCAUCGGGAACAUCGUCAAGAUCCUGCACGGGACCAAGGGCGAGCUGCUGCUGGAUGUCGUCUGGCAUCCGAUCCGCCCGAUCAUCGCUAGUAUUAGCGCCGGUGUGGUGUCGAUCUGGGCUCAGAACCAAGUGGAGAACUGGUCCGCCUUCGCCCCGGACUUCAAGGAGCUGGACGAGAACGUGGAGUACGAGGAGCGGGAGAGCGAGUUCGACGUCGAGGACGAGGACCGCUCUGUGGACCUCGCGGGGGACAGCCACGACGACGAGGAAGUCGAGGUGGACGUGACUACGUGCGAACCGGUGGCAGCUUUCUGCAGCUCCGAUGAGGAGGGGGAAGACGAGAACGUGCUCUCGUUCCUGCCCAUAGCGCCGGAGAUCGAAGACCCUGAGGAUGGCUGGGCUGCCACACAAGAGACUGUCACACCUACAGAGACCCCUGAAAAGUUGGAACCAGCUGCAAAGCGACCCAAGUGCAAGACUUAUGAUAUCCCGCUCAAGAUUGCCCCGCCAGAGCAACCAUUGUCUUUCGGUGGUAAGAACAAACAAGCGGCAGGGAGCAAAAAAGUAGCUGGAAGACCUCGGAAAUAAACACUAAUCUUCUA